AUGGAUCGCGACUCCAAGAAACCUUAUGGAGCUUUGCCGGCGCCAAGGGAAGUUCAAGUGAACGCUGCAGCAGUGACAUCUCUCGCUCCUGGUUUCCGAUUUCAUCCAACCGAUGAAGAACUCAUUACCUAUUACUUGAAGAGGAAGGUUCAGGGCAAAUCCAUGCGUUUGGAUGCUAUUGGAGAAGUCGAUUUUUACAAGCACGAGCCCUGGAACUUACCAGAGCAUUCGAAGUUGAAGACAAGGGACAAAGAAUGGUACUUCUUCAGUAUCUUGGAUAAGAAGUAUUCAACUGGUACUUGUGUAAAGCGAGUUACAAAGCAAGGCUACUGGCAUGUCACUGGAAAAGACAAGGAAAUCCACAGAGGAGACGGUGAGGUGAGCAUUGCAAUUGGUAUGAUGAAGAUUCAUGUGUUUCACAAGGGGCGUUCUCCAUACGGUCGGCGAACUAAUUGGGUGAUGCAUGAGUAUCGCCUCGCUGAAAAUGACGAAGGCCUUCAGGUAGAUGCGUACGUAUUGUGUAAAGUUUUCCGCAAGCAAAACCCUGGGGAACCUAUUGAAAGCAGAUAUGCACCAUUCGUAGAACAAGAGUGGGAUGAUGAUGGUGAAAGAGCUGUGAGCCCUGUUCCAGUUGUUGUGGAUGCCAAUAGAAUCAACGAGACUCAACAGAUCGAUGACAACAACAAGGAACUUGAUGAUAAGGCACUGAAGAGAUCACCAAUAUUGCCUCAUUGUGACAUCGACAAAGAAGCUCCAUUGUCUUUAUGUGUCCUCAACAAACAAGCUCCAUUGCCUCUCGUCCAAUACAAACGCAAGCGCCGAGUCGACUCUAGUGAAAACCCCAACAGCUCAAGCCAAAUGACUCAGGACCACUGUAGUUCCUCCACAGCAACGAUUGUUGACACUAGUGCCGCUGAGCCUGAGCCGCUGACAAACUCAGAACAAGAUGCUAUAAGUGUGCUUAAGAGCGGCUUCGGCAGUAUGAUCGAAGAUCUGGGGAACAAACAAGAAGAAGCAGUAGCUGAAAAGGUACCUGCAACAACAAGCUCCCUCACCAAGAGUAUCCAGGAUCUGAUGAAAGAGAAGGACGAGAUGGUUGUGCUCAGAGAGACGCAAAUACGUGAAACGAUAGAGGCAGAAAUAUUGAUAAACUAUCUUGAAGAUCAGAUUAAAACGUUGCGUAAAGGAGGAGAAUGA